AUGGACAGGAUUACCAAACCUAAACGGCAACUCAACCUUCAUACAACCACCACCACACCCGUCGUCCCCCUACCUAAAAACCCAACCGAGGCCUUGUCCACACCGGUAUGGCUUCAGGCUAUGUCCAACGAAUUCGAUGCUCUUAUUAAAAAUGAUACUUGGGAUCUCGUGCCACGUACACCAAACAUGAACAUUAUUCGUAGCAUGUGGCUAUUUAAACACAAGUUUAAGUCAGACGGUAUGUUAGAACGAUACAAGGCACGUCUUGUGUGUGACGGUCGGUUACAACAGGUGGGUAUUGAUUGCGGAGAAACGUUUAGUCCAGUCGUUAAACCGUCUACUAUACGUACGGUAUUGUCGAUUGCAUUAUCAAAGUCAUGGCAUGUUCAUCAGUUAGACGUUUCAAACGCUUUUUUGCAUGGUAAAUUAAAUGAGGUUGUAUAUAUGUAUCAACCUAUGGGAUUUCGCCACACAGGUUUUCCCGAUCACGUCUGUCGGUUGAAAAAGUCAUUGUACGGGUUGAAACAGGCGUCGCGGGCAUGGUACCAAAGGUUCACUGAUUAUGUGUUAACAUUGGGGUUUCGGCAAAGUAAAUGUGAUGCUUCGUUGUUCACAUUGCAUGACGAUGCAACAGUUGCCUACUUACUUCUCUAUGUUGAUGAUAUUCUUCUUGUUACAUCAACCGACCAGCUUCGACAUCAGUUGAUGGCUCGCUUAGCCAAUGAAUUCGCCAUGAAAGAUCUUGGGCCACUCAGUUUCUUUCUCGGGGUCGCUGUUACUCGCCAACAUAACACUAUGUUUCUUUCUCAACAGUCAUACGCUUUGGAUAUCAUCGCACGGGCCGGGAUGCAGUCUUGCAAUCCCGUCACUUCCCCGGUUGACACGCACUCCAAGUUGAGUGCUCACUCCGGCGAGGACUUUCAUGAUCCUACUCUGUAUCGUAGUCUCGCUGGAGCGCUACAGUAUCUUACGUUUACCCGGGCCGACAUCAGUUACGCGGUGCAACAGGUUUGCAUGCACAUGCAUGCCCCGAAAACAGGUUAUUGGAACGCCUUAAAGCGCAUCAUUCGGUACAUCAAAGGCACCACCUCCUACGGCCUUACCCUAUGCUCGUCCGCGACUCCUUCUCUCGUGGCAUACACCGAUGCAAAUUGGGCCGGUUGCCCUGACACUCAACGGUCCACGAGUGGUUAUUGUGUCUAUUACGGUGAUAACUUAAUCUCAUGGUCAUCUAAACGCCAACCUUCCAUAUCUCGCUCCAGUGCCGAAGCCGAAUACCGUGGGGUAGCUAACGUGGGCGCUGAAAUUUGCUAG